AUGAUGCCUUUUAUGUAUCCAACAGCAGCAUUUCCUAUGCUAGUUGUAGCCAACUCAACUGAUGAUGAUGAUGAUGAUUACAUGGAAGAUGAUUAUUCAUUUUCGGCAAUAUCAAACAUGAUGCCUUUUCCAUUGGCAGCUCCAUCACAAUCUGUUGAUGUCGAUAGGCAAAUCCCUCCAUCAGCACCAGUAAACAAUGAGGAGCAAGGAAUAUUUCGUUUACGUAUGAAUGUUGAAGGCUUUCAACCUAAUGAUUUAAAUGUUUCCAUUCGGCACGGUCGUCUUAUUGUUCGUGGUAAACAUGUUAUUCAAGCGCAGACUCAAUUAUCUCAACGAUUAACAACAAGUUCAAUAAUAGAUCAUGAUGAAGAUACAGAACCAGAUUUUGUUAAAAAAGAAUUUCGACGUACGUUUGUUAUUCCAACAAAUGCCGAUGUACGAAAAGCUCAUGCACUAUAUUAUCCUCAACAACAGCUACUUGUUGUUGAAAUUCCAUUUCAAAAUUUAACGAUGUCUUCACAACGAAGAAAUCGUCCCGUGCAAAUACGUCCGAUGGACGUAUUUAUAACAAUGAUUUCUAUUUUAUUAAUGGAUAGAGCAUUACGUAUAACUUAUCAGCAAUUCGUGCUCAAUGAAAAUCUAUCAUUGGGUACAUCUAGUCAAAAUAGAAAUUAA